UUCGUGUACGGGACUAAGACUGACCGCAGGAGAACAACCGAGGACUGAGAUAUGUAACAUUUACCUGUUUGCUUCUCAGGUUUUUUUUAAAAAUGGAGAACUCCUCUAAAGAAGAUUACAAGAUCCAGUCGUUUGAUUUGGAGACUCAGAAACUCCUCAAAACGGCUUUGAAAGACCCAGGUUCAGUUGACCUGGAGAAAGUUUCCAGUGUAAUAGUGGAUCAGUCUCUGAAGGACCAGAUCUUCAGCAGGGAGGCGGGACGCAUCUGUUACACUAUUGUGCAGUUUCCUCGCUGGAUUCAGGCCGAGGCCAAGCAGAGCAACGGGAGCGUGUUUCGGCGUAGCCUUCUGACCCGAUUGCAGCAGGAGUUUAAAGCCAGAGAAGAAACGCGGACGAGAUCCACUCAGGAGUGGGUUUGCCUCGUGUCCUUCAUCUGCAACAUCUUCGACUACCUCAAGGUGAACAACAUGCACAUGAUGGCUCUGGUGCCGCCCGUCUAUGACUGUUUGUUCAGACUGGCCCAGUCUGACGCCCUGAAGAACGAGGAGGAGGUGAAUCUUGAACAUUAUUACAUAGAAAUGGAUCAACUAUAUAAGGGUGAUUCUUCAACUAUGUAGUUUCAGAAAAUAAAAACAUUUCUACAAACUGUUUUUUUAGUAUCAGUAUCUGUCUAGAAACCUUCCCUUAGUUGGGUGCGAUGAUUUGUAUUGAAUAAUAUAUAUAUAUAUAUAUAUAUAUAUAUUGGCAUUUUUAUCUGACAGCCCAAGAAAACGCCCAAGUUCUCUUAUUUACCAACAAUAUUGUAGCAAUAAUAAAUAAUAAAAUAUUUCUUACUACCUUAA